AAAUCAAGACAAGAUGGGUAUCUUCAAGCAUACUGCCAUUUCCUUGCUUUCAAUUCUUCUCCUGUCCAAUUCACUGACGGUUAUUUCCCAACAAGAUGCCGUUCAGGAAGCUUUUCUCCAAUGUCUCCUUGACAAUUCUCAUCCAUCUCACCCCAUUUCUUCGGCAAUCUUCACUCCCCAGAACUCUUCCUUCUCGUCUGUUUUACAAUCCUACAUUCGGAAUCUUCGAUUCAACGACACAACCACCCCGAAGCCAUUCCUCAUCGUCACUGCAUUGCACCAAUCCCACAUACAAGCCGCUAUUGUUUGUGCAAAUAAACAUGACCUUCAAAUGAAAAUCCGAAGUGGCGGCCAUGACUACGAGGGCCUUUCCUACGUAUCUAUUGUCCCAAUGUUCUUCGUUCUUGACAUGUUCAAUCUUCGAACGGUUGAUAUUGAUUUGGCAACGGAGAGUGCUUGGGUUCAGACCGGUGCAAUUCUUGGCGAAGUUUACUAUAGAAUUGCAGAGAAAAGCAGAACACACGGCUUCCCAGCUGGUGUUUGCCCCACUGUUGGGGUUGGAGGUCACUUCAGUGGAGGUGGCUACGGUAACAUGAUGAGAAAAUACGGUCUCUCUGUCGACAACAUUAUCGAUGCUCUGCUAGUGGAUGUAAACGGAAGACUUCACGAUAGAAAAUCCAUGGGUGAGGAUCUUUUCUGGGCCAUAAGAGGAGGAGGAGGAGCUAGCUUCGGUGUCAUCUUCGCAUAUAAAAUUAAUCUCGUUCGUGUUCCAGAAGUGGUUACCGUCUUCAAUGUCCCAAAAACCCUGGAAGAAAAUGCUACGGAGAUUGUAUAUAAGUGGCAACAUGUAGCUCCGAAUUUUCCUGAAGAACUAUUCGUCAGACUUAUUCUGGAUGUGGUGAAUAGUAGUAGCUCCACCAACGGAAAGACGAUCAGGGCUUCUUUCAUUUCUUUGUUCCUUGGAGACUCGAAGAGACUCCUCUCCAUCAUGAACGAGAGCUUCCCUGAAUUGGGAUUAUCUCAGUCCGAUUGCAUUGAAACUAGCUGGAUUCAAUCAGUCCUUUACUGGACCAACUUUCCUGUUAACACUUCCGCAGAAGUUCUGCUCAAUCGAACGCCUCAAACACUGACCUUCCUGAAGAGGAAAUCGGAUUAUGUUAAAGAACCAAUCUCAAAGGAUGGUCUGGAGUGGCUCUGGAAGCGGAUGAUUGAGCUAGGACCCCUGGAACUUAUCUUCAAUCCUUAUGGUGGGAGAAUGGCUGAGAUUCCAGCUUCAGAAACCCCAUUCCCACAUAGAGCUGGAAAUUUGUGGAAGAUUCAGUAUGUAACCAACUGGAACGAAGCUGGAGCCAAAGCUGCAGAUCGGUACUUAAAUUUGACUAGGAAGCUUCAUGGAUACAUGACUCGUUUUGUGUCCAAAAAUCCAAGAGAAGCGUUUCUUAAUUAUAGAGAUAUUGAUUUGGGUAUCAAUCACAAUGGGAAGGCAAGCUACUGGGAAGGAAGGGUUUAUGGGAUCAAGUAUUUCAAGGGUAAUUUCAACAGAUUGGUGCAAAUUAAGACGAAGGUUGACCCUGGUAAUUUCUUUAGGUAUGAGCAAAGCAUCCCAACGCUUCCACAUUAGAAGAAAUAUAAAUAUUGAUUGUUUUGUGACGUCCUUUUAAGAUAAGAAUUUGUACUUAUAUUUUAGUCGCAAUAUGAUGCAUUGACAUCUAUAUUGCUUCUAGUUUAUCCUGUGAAUUGAACAUCUAUGUUUAAUAAAGGAUCCAUCGAUUA